CGGUGUGCAGCACACCAGCCAGUGAGCGGAUACCGACGCAAGACAGCGAUGGCAGGUCAAUGGACGCUGCUUCGGCGCUCUGCGCUGCUGCUGGAGCGCGGAGCAAGUUCUUCUGCAGGACUAACACUGGGUCUACGACACCUCAGUACUCCGUCGGCGCCCAAGCCCCGUUCGCGUGGUCAUUUUAAGGGCAAACGCCAGCCGCAGGAGCCUGCAGCCAAGACCGAGCCCAAACAGCACACCAGCAAUAACAACAACAGCAACAAACAGCGACCAAAAAGACGCCGUUCGAAGAAGGCAGUGGAAAAGGAGCCUCCCGUUUUCACUAACAAGUUCCAGAACCUGCUGAGCUUCGCCUUCGAGGACGUAGCCAACGAGCAGCCUGCCACCGAGACCAAGAAGACCAACGAGCCGUCUUCCUUGAACUUGCUGGAUGGUAUUGGAGCUGCACCGAAGGAGGAUGACAGUCCUGAGCUCACACUGGCACAGCUGGGGCUUGACGGUUUUGAAGACGACGACACGUUCGCAAAGCGACAGCCUAAACACCCGCGCCAGAAGCCAAAAAAGACCAAACUCUUCUCGGGCAACAAUGACCCAUCCACGGUACUAGCGGCGCUGGGUAUCCCGUCCGAUGGAGAGAGCGACCGCGUUGAAGCUCCGCCGUCCAGUCGCAAGGCCAUGAAGAUGAACACGAAGCGCAAGAAAGGCACGCGCAACCUGCUCAAGAACUUCCAGUUCGAGAACAGCAUCUUCGACUCGGGCGCGGAUCUGUUCGGAGACAUUGAUUGGGAGGACCGCAGUGACUUGGAAGACCGUGAACGUCGUCGUUCCCAGAGAUUGCAACGCAAGGAAGCCAAGCGCAAACCCAAGCAGGAGCUGCCCGCGCAGGAGGUGGAGAUUCCAACGUCUCUGACGGUCAAGGAGCUGGCAGAGCGCAUGAGCGUCAAGACGCGUGUGGUUUUCCGUGCGCUCAAGGAUCUGGGUGAGAACGGACUUGGCGAAGAGUCCGUGCUGACAAAUGACAUUGCUGAGCUCGUGGUGGACUCGCAGAACAUGAUCCCGGUGUUGCUUCCUCCGGACUUUGUCGAUCUGGAGCUGACGACCCCGCCUGAGGACUGCUCGGGGUUCCCUGUGCGACCGCCCAUCGUGUCUGUGAUGGGCCACGUUGACCACGGAAAGACCACAUUGCUAGACGCUCUCCGCAAGUCCAAGGUCGCCGCCACUGAGGCAGGAGGUAUCACACAACGCAUCGGUGCCUUUUCAGUGGACAUGGGCAAGAAGUUCGGCUCCCAAGCGAAGGUGACCUUCAUUGACACGCCUGGGCACGCAGCGUUCAGCAACAUGCGGUCUCGCGGCUCAGAGCUCACUGAUCUACUCGUCCUGGUGGUAGCAGCCGAUGAUGGUGUACGCCCGCAGACAGUUGAAGUGGCGCGUCUGGCAGUCAAGAACAAUGUGCCGCUGGUGGUGGCAGUCACGAAGAUGGACAUGCACGAACAUGACAAGAAUGAAGUGACCAACCGACUGGGCUCCGAGCUGAUGAAUCAAGGGAUUGUAGUGGAGAGUAUGGGCGGAGACACUCCCAUGGUCUGUGUGUCUGGUAAGACCGGCGAGGGCCUCGACCAGUUGAAGGAGACCAUUGCUCUUCAUGCUGAAAUGCUGGACCUUCGUGCUGAUAAUAAGGCGGCGGGUGAAGCUAUCGUGCUGGAAGCCAAUGUGGCACGUGGCGUCGGUACUCAGGUGGACGCGAUUGUCAAGUGGGGUACUCUCAAGCAGGGUUCGUUUGUUGUGUGCGGAUUGGAAUACGGAAAGGUACGUGCUCUGGUCGACCAGGCUGGAAAGCGUGUCAAGCAAAUGGCGCCUGGGCACCCCGUGCGAGUGAUCGGAUUGAAGGGACUGCCAGAAGGUGGCGUGGCGUUGCUGUCUGUGCCGACUGAGGAACGUGCCAAGGAGGUUGUGGCAGCACGUCAGGCCAUGAUUGAUUGGGAUCAAAUGGCAAAGGCCGAAGACGAAGAAGCACAGAAUCAGGAUGAUGACAGUGGUUCCCCGCGCCGUCGCCGUCGCUUUGCUGGCGCUCGUCGUAAAUGGGAACAAGUGGAACUGCGACGACGAGAGGCUGUCGAAGAGGCGAAGCGCAUUGCAGCACUGAAGCCUGGAGACGAGGGUUACAUCGCCAAUGUGGUUCCUAUCAUCGUGAAGACGGACUCUGUGGGUGUCAUUUCUGCCAUCGAUGAACUAAUUGCAACCCUGCCGAGCGAUGAGGCAGCGAUCAAGUGUAUCAUGUCUGCAGUGGGGCCUGUAACAUCGUCUGAUCUCGUAAUGGCUGAAGCUACGGGCGCUACGAUCUACACGUUCAAUAUUAAGCACCCGGCUUCUAUUGACCAAGAAGCACUGCAGAAGCAAGUGGCUCUGCGUCAGCACCGCAUCGUAUACAGUCUACUGGAUGACAUUAAGGAGUUACUGCAGGACAACCUCAAGGGGGUGGUGGUGCACGAGGUGAUUGGCUCAGCUGAAGUGAUCCAGUCGAUCCCGAUUUCAACGUCAGGGACCCGUACUACCAACAUCGCUGGCUGCAAGGUGACUUCGGGAUCGCUCAACAUGCAGGCCAAGUACCGUCUAGUACGUGAUGGAGAGAUUAUCAUCGAGAACGUGGAUAUGGCGUCCAUGCGUCACUUCCAGCAGAAGGUGUCAGAGGUUAACAAGGGACAGGAAUGCGGACUUCAGCUCGCCGGUACGGACGAGUUCCAGCCUGGUGACAUUCUCGAGGCAUAUACCACCAAGGUGGUGAAGCCCGAGAUUUAGAUUUGCUCGAGGCUUGUCACCCUCGUAAAGAACAUAGUGUAGAUGACUUGGUAGACUGGCACAGCAGGAGUAACCAUAAAGCACCUUAUCACGAUGAAAUCUGGUUGCGGCAUGAACAGUUACCCAAGUACGAGAAGUGGAGUGGCAAUCUUCCUGUGCUGAAUGUUUACGAGCUAAAAGGGUCCAGCUCACCAUGUUGUGCAGUACGAGAUCGCUGUUUCAUUCUCCUCCUUUGUAGCGUG